UAUAAUUUAUUACUAUUAACCAAAAAAAAAAAAAGCUACCACUAUAAAUAUAAACACAUGAUAAUUAACCCAAUUAAGAUUAAAUGUAUUCUCAUUUGAAAAUAAUAAUAAUAUAGCAAAAGCUAUAAUAAUAACAUUACAAUGGAAGUAGUAGAGCAAAUCCUCCACAUGAAUGGUGGUGUUGGCCAAACUAGCUACGCAACCAACUCCUCUCUUCAAAGAGAGGUGAUAUCAAAUACGAGACCAACACUAGAUGAAAGUAUUACAAUUUAUUGUAAUAAAGUGUUGCCAAAGUGUUUGCGAAUAGCAGACUUGGGUUGUUCCUCAGGCCCCAACACACUCACUGCAGUCUCCAACAUUUUUGACAUCAUUGAAGCCUCUUGCCAAUCCUUGAACAUCAACUCACCAACUUUCCAAGUUUUCCUUAAUGAUCUUCUUGGGAACGAUUUCAAUGUCGUCUUCCGAUCUUUAUCGAGCUUCUAUGAAAAGCUUAAGAAAGAAAAAGGUGACAAGUUUGGGCCAUGCUUUAUCACAGCUAUGCCAGGGAGUUUCUAUGGAAGGCUUUUUCCGAACAAUUCCAUGCAUGUUGUUCACUCUUCUUCCAGUUUGCAUUGGUUGUCCAAGGUUCCAAAAGGGUUAGUUGAUGAUCAAACUGGAGAAGCACAUAACAAAGGAAACAUUUACAUUACGAAGACAAGUCUUGCUGUGGUGUUCAAAUCAUAUUUGGAUCAAUUUCAAAAGGAUUUCACAAAUUUCUUAAGAUAUCGUUCAGAGGAAAUGGUGAGUGGUGGUAUCAUGAUAUUAACAUUCCUUGGAAGUAUUCAAAGUAAUUCUCCUAAGAGUAUUUAUGAAAUACUGGGAAGGACACUGAAUGACAUGGUCAAAGAGAAUAUAAUUGAAGCAAAAUGCCUGGAUGAUUACAACGUGCCAUUAUAUUUUCCAAGUGCAAGAGAAGUGAAAAGUUUGAUUGAAAAAGAAGGAUCUUUCUGUAUACAGAAGCUUAAUACUUUCGAAAUAGCUUGGGAUGCAGGCUUCACUACUAUUAAUAAUAAUGAAAAACACAAAAGUGGGAAAUAUGUUUCUGAUUACAUAAGAGCAGUUAUGGAGCCUAUUUUGGUGAAACAAUUUGGAGAAACUAUAAUGGAUGAAUUAUUUGAUAGGUUUGCUAAUAAGGUCAAUGAGUCUAUGGCCAAUGAAAAAUGGAACCAUGUGAACUUGGUCAUAUCCUUGAUAAAGAAUUAGUAGUGAUGCUUAGCCCUAGAAUUAUUAAUCUAGCUUCAUUUUGGAGAACUUUGUUACUUCAAGAAUAAAUAGUUGGAUGUACUUUUUUUUUCUAGUAUUAUUGCUUAUUAAUAAAUUAGUUACUUGCAGUUA